CAUCGUCGGCUCUUAUUGAUAAAUGGAGGCUGACUCCACGUGCUCGCCACUACACCUCGGGAUUAUCCUUGUGACAAACAUCAACGGCAGGAGUGAGCUGUCAUUCCUGUUUUGAUAGCUGACUCGAACGGCCGUUUACUCUUAAUUCAGUUUCAUUGCUGACUUGUUCGCCUCGUUUUUUUCGAAUUCGAGAAAUUUGCGAGAAGGAAGUCUCCGUGAACUUUUAUUCUUUGACGACAUUUGGUAGGAGAAGAAUCAACAAUUGAUCAGCCUAUCAAUAUUCCGUGAAUAACAGAAUGGUGACUUUGCAAUAUUCAGUGUUUUGAAACAAAGAGUUUGUUGAAAUACCACAUCGUGAAGAGAGAAUGCUGGGAAUCGAUUUUAUGGGGUUUGUGUGAAAUAGAGACGUAUCUUCAAUUAACUUUUUUCUACAAAACGCCAGCAAAGUUAGUACCAAGUUUCAUCUAAAACCGACGAACGUUGAUCAAAGUUAUGGUAUAAUUAUCAAUCUAUAACAUUAGAAUAUUCCUAGAACAACGCCAACAACAAAAUCUGAACAAAUAGAACCACAGACUGACAGUCCAGACCCCCAAAGACCCUCAACCCCUCAAAAAAAAAGUCCAAACAGAACCCCAACAUCAGCGAGAGACAGACCAACGCCAGAACCUCCCGCGAGAACCUCCCGUCCUUUUCCAACGGACGAAACACGAGCCUAGAACCAUGUACGGCUUGGAGAACAUGAACCUCGAGGUGGUGAACCGGCAGUGGAUGAACUCGCCAGGCUACGCAGACUGGGACAACGCCUCCACCACUUCUGCGGCGUCCUCCUGCAGCGGCAGUGGGGACGCCCUGGGCGCCCUGGCCCGUCCGGAGAAGUCGACGCAGACACAAAGUUGGAAAGUCUCGACAACCCCCUCGUGGCGUCUCACUGCGAGAGAACCGAAGGCGCCGCCGAGUCUGCCCUUAGCCCAGGUGCGCCAGCGUCAGGCGGCCAACAUGCGAGAGCGGCGGCGAAUGGCUUCUAUCAACGACGCUGAGGGGUUACGCGCCCAUAUCCCGACCAUGCCUUAUGAGAAGAGGUUGUCGAAGGUCGACACGCUGAAAUUGGCCAUCGGGUAUAUCUCCUUCCUGGGCAACAUGGUGCAGGCGAAUUCCAACCUUCAGGCCGAUAACGCUGCGACGAAUAAUACGAACAAUAAUAACAAUAACAAUAAAGUGGUGGUUAAAAGCAGCAUUGAUACAUAUACGGGCGCGGCGACAGGUAUGACUCACACCUUCACGGAGUUGUCGUGGGCGCCCGAACGGCAGGAGGUUGUGAAUGGGCGUGUAGCUACCUCCCUCUGGACGCCCACGGGUACGUCGGCCAACUGAAGAAGUGGACAACGAGAGGAGAGAGGAAGAGGAAGAGGGGAAAAUGAAGAAAGAGAAGGGAAGGAAAUUGAAGGGAGUAGAAGACGGAAUGAGGAAAGAAAAGACGAAGAAAUAUUGGAAAAUGAGAGAAGAAAAGAAGAAAGAAGGAGAAACGAAAGGAAGGGAAGUCAAAUUCUGAAAUAAACAAUAAACCAAAGAAGAGGAAAAUGAACAAAAAUUGGCAUUGUUUUAUAAUUACGGAGUGUAUUCGUCUUGGAGUACAGAGCAAGGAAAAAUGAAGUACUAAUAUCUUAUCUACCGUGAGAAUAACUACAAGGUUCACAUUUAAAUGGGAAAAAAAUAAUGAUAAGUUUAUAGAUCUCGUUUAUCUACACUGAAUGCUAUUUGAAUAGCUUCGUACCUUAAGAUUUUACCUAUUGACAAAAUUAGGAAGUUGCUAGUCAGUGAAAACUCCUCAUAACUUGCAUUUUUCAAACAUUUCCUUUUCCUUUUCAACCGAUAUCAAAGAAAUGAAAAUCAAAUUGCGCACCUAGUCAGCUAUCCAGAGUAGGACUUAGAAUAUUAGUAUGUAGAGAACGUUUAAGAUAAUCUAGUCUCCCACUCAUUAAUGUCUCCAACGGCAAUAUAAAUAAAAUAGUGUACGUUGCUGUUUCCGUUUUCUGUUAAGCUGUUUUCAUUUUCAUCAGCAAUUAUAUAUAUAAAAAAGAGUAUUCAUCUAAGAGUAAGAAAAAAAAUAGGAUAUAUGCUUUAAAAAUGCUUUAGAGAUCGAUAAUGUUUCUUGCGGUAUCUAUAUUUAGUAAACAAAAUUGAAGAAAAUGGGAAUGUAAUAAUUUCAGAUGAAUAUUUUGCUACAUAAAUUUUGGCAGUUACGCAAAUUCAAAAUGAUCUUUCGUGCGUACAUAUAUUUGUCCAUCGUUACAACAUAAUCUCCCAUAACAUUUAUGUGUAUAGAUAAAACUACGUUAACUUUAUUCUCUAUAGUAACGCUGCUAACUCCAUAGAAAACGGGAAAUGUAUGUAGUUAUGAAAGACGUUCACCUCUUAUAUAAAUUAUACGCUGAUUUGUGAUACGAUUAAAGUGGUGCAAGAGCUUAUGUAAACUAUAGACCAUUUUUUCUAUAUAUUGUAUGUUAUAAAAUUCAUUCAUUCCAAACACGUAUGUAGUCAUGUGUACACUGCCUUGCACACACACACACACACACACACACACACACACACACACACACACACACACACACACACACAACACACACACACACACACACACACGUUUCACACGUUAUCCACGUUUAUAUAUCAAAUAUAUGUAUACAUGUACAUACAUCUCUUUAACACACGAAAACACGCUCGAAUACUUUUAAGAAUUAUUAUCACUGUAUAUAGUUUGUACUAUGUUUUGUAUAUAUUUGUGAAUAUAUUUGUGCAAGUCUGAAUAAAGGAGCUUUAUGUUA